CCCUCCCGCCCGGCUCUGCUGCCGCCGCGGCGGCCGCUGCUGCUGCUGCCGCUGCCGCCGCUGCUGCCUGGAUAUAGUGCGGCAAGGAGCGGAGCUUGCAGUCACUUUGCGAGGAGGAGCGCGCGGGCUGCGGGCGGCUGGGGCACCCCGGGAGCAGCGGCGGUCUAGCAGAGGUGGCCGUGGCAGCGGAAGGUUCUCUCUCCAGGGCUGGACUUAAUAACUUUGGAACUGUCCACCAGUGUCACGUCCUGAACAUGAGCCUCCUCCUCUCCUUCUACCUGCUCGGGUUGCUUGUCAGUAGCGGGCAAGCUCUUCUUCAAGUGACAAUUUCACUUAGCAAAGUAGAGCUUAGUGUGGGCGAAUCUAAAUUCUUCACAUGUACAGCAAUUGGUGAACCUGAGAGUAUAGAUUGGUAUAAUCCUCAAGGAGAGAAGAUAAUUUCAACCCAGAGGGUAGUGGUGCAGAAAGAAGGCGUUAGGUCAAGAUUAACCAUCUACAACGCUAACAUAGAAGAUGCAGGGAUAUAUCGCUGUCAAGCAGCAGAUGCCAAAGGACAGACACAGGAAGCUACGGUAGUUUUGGAAAUUUACCAAAAACUCACUUUCAGAGAAGUGGUUUCWCCUCAAGAAUUCAAACAAGGAGAAGAUGCAGAGGUCAUUUGCCGUGUUAGCAGUUCACCUGCACCUGCCAUCACCUGGUUGUAUCAUAAUGAGGAAGUCACCGCAAUUUCCGACAGUCGUUUUGCCAUGUUAGCUAACAAUAAUCUGCAGAUUCUCAACAUCAAUAAAAGUGAUGAAGGUAUAUAUAGAUGUGAAGGAAGAGUGGAAGCCAGGGGAGAAAUUGACUUCCGUGAUAUCAUCGUUAUUGUUAAUGUGCCACCAGCAAUCACAAUGCCUCAGAAAUCAUUUAAUGCCACAGCAGAGAGAGGAGAAGAGAUGACAUUGUCCUGCAGGGCUUCAGGCUCUCCAGAACCUACCAUCUCCUGGUCAAGGAAUGGCAAGCUCAUUGAAGAAAGUGAAAAGUACCUUUUGAAAGGAAGCAAUACAGAACUCACUGUCAGGAACAUAAUCAAUAGUGAUGGAGGGCCUUAUGUCUGCAGGGCCACAAAUAAGGCAGGAGAAGAUGAAAAGCAGGCAUUUCUCCAAGUCUUUGUACAGCCUCACAUUAUACAGCUUAAAAAUGAGACUACAUAUGAGAAUGGUCAUGUCACACUCGUCUGUGAAGCAGAAGGGGAGCCUGUCCCAGAGAUUACUUGGAAAAGGGCUGUAGAUGGCAUCACAUUUUCUGAAGGCGAUAAGAGCCCAGACGGCCGCAUUGAAGUCAAAGGGCAACAUGGAAGCUCAUCACUGCAUAUUAAAGAUGUAAAGCUGUCAGAUUCAGGGAGGUACGACUGUGAAGCAGCAAGUAGAAUUGGAGGACAUCAAAAGAGCAUGUACCUUGAUAUUGAAUAUGCUCCUAAGUUUAUAUCAAACCAAACAAUUUAUUACUCUUGGGAAGGAAAUCCAAUCAAUAUAAGUUGUGACGUGAACUCAAAUCCACCAGCAUCAAUCCAUUGGCGGAAAGAGAAGUUAGUCUUACCAGCUAGAAAUACCACUAAUUUAAAGACAUAUAGUGCAGGAAGAAAGAUGAUCUUAGAGAUUGCACCUACAUCAGACAAUGACUUUGGGAGAUAUAACUGCACAGCCACUAACCGUAUAGGAACAAGAUUUCAAGAAUAUAUUCUAGCAUUAGCUGAUGUGCCAUCCAGUCCCUAUGGAGUAAAGAUUAUAGAGCUGUCACAGACCACAGCCAAACUUUCUUUCAGCAAGCCGGACUCCCAUGGAGGUGUGCCUAUUCAUCACUAUCAAGUGGAUGUCAAGGAAGUGGCAUCAGAAACCUGGAAAAUAGUACGCUCCCAUGGAGUUCAAACAAUGGUUGUUUUGAGCAACCUGGAACCAAAUACAACUUAUGAAAUCAGGGUUGCAGCUGUAAAUGGAAAAGGGCAAGGGGACUACAGUAAAAUAGAAAUCUUCCAAACAUUGCCAGUUCGUGAACCAAGUCCUCCAUCCAUACACGGACAGCCAAGCAGUGGGAAGAGUUUUAAACUCAGUAUCACCAAACAGGAUGAUGGAGGGGCCCCUAUUUUGGAAUACAUAGUGAAAUACAGAAGUAAAGAUAAGGAAGACCAGUGGUUAGAGAAGAAAGUGCAGGGAAAUAAAGAUCACAUUAUUUUGGAGCAUCUACAGUGGACAAUGGGAUAUGAAGUUCAAAUUACAGCUGCCAACAGAUUAGGAUAUUCUGAACCGACAGUUUAUGAGUUCAGCAUGCCACCAAAGCCCAACAUUAUUAAAGACACACUUUUUAAUGGUCUUGGACUUGGAGCAGUCAUUGGCCUGGGAGUUGCUGCACUUUUGCUAAUACUUGUGGUAACAGAUGUCAGCUGCUUCUUUAUUCGACAAUGUGGGUUACUGAUGUGCAUCACCAGGAGAAUGUGUGGAAAGAAAAGUGGCUCCAGUGGCAAAAGUAAAGAACUGGAAGAAGGGAAAGCUGCAUAUCUGAAAGAUGGAUCAAAAGAACCAAUAGUGGAGAUGAGAACAGAAGAUGAAAGAAUUACCAAUCAUGAAGAUGGGAGCCCAGUAAAUGAGCCAAAUGAAACCACACCACUAACAGAACCUGAAAAAUUACCAUUAAAAGAAGAAAAUGGGAAAGAAGUCCUAAAUCCAGAAGCUAUAGAAAUCAAAGUUUCUAAUGACAUCAUCCAAUCAAAAGAAGAUGACAGCAAAGCAUAA